UCCAUCCGAGGAAGGACAUACAAUGCCUCUCCGCUUCGUCUCAGUAUGGAAAAAACGCCGGAGAUGCAACACCCGGGAUCAUACUGAUCCUUGGAUUUAUAAACCUGCAGAGUACUGGGGAAUUGAGGAUCAAAUGCACCAACCAACAAAACGUCGUCACGGGUCGUCAAUUUUCACACUCAAGGAGAUGGAGGAGGCAACAUGUUCUUUCAGUGACAAGAAUCUGCUCGGGAAAGGAGGGUUUGGCCGAGUCUACAAGGGCACUCUACGAUCAGGGGAGGUUGUUGCAAUCAAGAAAAUGGAGCUGCCACCAUCCAAAGAAGUUGAAGGAGAACGGGAAUUCCGUGUUGAAGUUGAUAUCUUGAGCAGACUUGACCAUCCGAACCUGGUUUCGUUGAUAGGUUAUUGUGCAGACAGGAAGCACCGGUUUCUAGUCUACGAAUACAUGCAAAAAGGGAACUUGCAAGAUCACUUAAAUGGUAUUUGUGAAAAGAAACUGGAUUGGCCUUCAAGGCUCAAAGUGGCAAUCGGUGCAUCUAUGGGACUUUCUUAUCUCCAUUCUAAUUCUGCAGUUGGAAUUCCUAUAGUUCACAGAGAUUUCAAGUCCACAAAUGUUCUUCUAAAUGACAACUUCAAAGCAAAGAUAUCAGACUUUGGACUGGCCAAACUGAUGCCAGACGGUCAAGAGAUUGAUGUGACUGCCAGAGUUCUUGGCACAUUUGGCUAUUUCGAUCCCGAGUAUACAUCAACAGGAAAAUUAACUUUACAGAGUGAUGUUUAUGCAUUCGGAGUGGUUCUUCUAGAGCUUUUGACCGGACUUAGAGCUGUAGACUUAAACCAGGGAGCAAGUGACCGAAACCUUGUAGCCCAGGUUAGGCACAUAUUGAAUGAUACGAAGAAAUUACGUAAGGUGAUUGACCCAGAGAUAGCUCGAAGUUCAUACACCAUCGAAUCUAUAGCAAUGUUUGCAAAGCUAGCAUCACGCAGUGUCCGUGCUGAGAGCAGAGAGCGACCCUCAAUGCCAGAAUGUGUGAAAGAACUACAACUGAUUUUCUGUACAAAUGCAAAAGGCCUAGGGCUCGCCUUUUAGGAUGGGUUGCGAAAUGCAAUUUUUUUACCAGCAGUAAAACUGUACAAUAUCGACAAUAAGGACACCACGAGCUAAGAGCAAACACUAUUACCGGGGAACUUUGAUAAGAGGCCUCAAAAAGACAAGGUAUUUGAAUCAUCUAUGAGUCUAAAUAAAAGAAAUAUUAGUAGGAUUCAUGUUGAAGAGAUAAUAUAUCCCUGCAUUUGUUCUAGUUAGCAUCACCAGUUUGUUUG